AGUAAAGGACACUCCCCUCUGCUUUAAAAGCAACGGCCACAAAAUCACCUCACCUCUGCCGAGGUUUUUCCUCAACAUCUGGAUUUUUUCUGUAUUCCUUGGACAGUUAAUAGAUUAUUAAUCUUUGACAAAGAGGAUAUAAAACAGUUUUUUCUUCAGGAAUCCAGCUUCAACCCAAGGUGUAUCCUGUUCUGACGCAUUGACAAUGGAAGUGUGGGCCAGAGCAGCAGCUCUGUCUCUGCUGCUGCAGCAGCUGGUGCUCAGUGUCACAGCUCAAGGCAUUGUAUACGACCUGCUGGUGUCUCCAGACUGCCUGCCUGACUUACUCCAAGGAAGCCUGAAGAACAAAGGAAGAGAUGAGGCUUUCCUCCUCUCUUCUUUCAGGCUCCAAAACAAAGCCCCCACCUCUCUCUUCAGUGUCAUCAACCCGCAAGACAACACCAAGUACUUGGAGCUCAGCGUGCAGGCCAAACUAAGCAAGGUGAUCCUUCGCUACCUGAAGACUGACGGCAGAUUCGGCACGACCAGUUUCAACCACCCCACCCUGGCAGAUGGUCGGGAUCACCAUGUGAUGCUCCAUGCCAGCGGUCUGCAGCGCGGCCCGCCUCGCCUCAACAUCUACAUAGACUGCAGACUGGCCCACACUUUGGAUGAUCUGCCUGCUGCAUUUGGGUCAAUCUCACCAGGUCCGAACAAAGUGGCCCUCAGGACCCUGCAGACAAGCAGACAGGAUGAGCUGACAGACCUGAAGCUGGUCAUAGAAGACACCAUAGAUAACGUGGCCACUCUGCAGGACUGCUCCAUGGAUCGUGUUGAAUCUCGAGCUUCUGCAAGGGAGACGUUGCAGCUGCUGGGUAUCCAGGGGGGCCAAGUUGUACAGGACCAGACUACCAUGCAGGAGCUGAAGAGCAUGUUGGCUGAGAUGAAGCAGCUGCUCAACCAGCAGAUUAAGGAGACAAAUUUCCUCAGGAAUACCCUCACAGAGUGUCUUCCUUGUGAUGUGUCUGCAGGUCUUGGAGGUAGUCCAACAAACACGGGUCCAGCUCCAACUCCGGGACAGUUUGUAAUGCAGCCUCAGCAUCUGACUCAGUGUCUACCUGGGACCUGUUUCACACAGGACAUGUGCAUCCCUACAGACUCAGGGGGUUUCCAGUGUGCCCCCUGUCCAGACGGAUAUACAGGGGAUGGAGUGCAUUGUGAUGAUGUAGAUGAGUGUCAGUUUGGCCCAUGUUUCCCCGGGGUGCCGUGUGUGAACACCGCUCCUGGUUUCCGCUGUGGACGCUGUCCUCUGGGAUACACUGGACCUGAAUUAACCGGAGUGGGAGUGUCUUAUGCAAAAACAAACAAACAGGUGUGUGAGGAUAUUGAUGAAUGUCUUGGCCCACCUGAGAACGGAGGUUGCACUCCAAACUCGCACUGCCACAACACCAUGGGCUCCUUCCGCUGUGGAGACUGUAAAACAGGCUUUACAGGUGACCAAGUGAGCGGCUGCCAAGGUACCAGGCUUUGCCCAGAUGGUCAGCCAAACCCCUGUGACGUCAACGCCGAGUGUGUAGUGGAGAGAGACGGCAGCAUUAGCUGCAUGUGUGGCGUUGGUUGGGCAGGAAAUGGCUAUGUGUGUGGAAAGGACACAGAUAUCGAUGCAUAUCCAGACAGUAAGCUCACAUGCAGAGACAACAACUGUAAGAAGGAUAAUUGUGUGUUUGUUCCAAACUCUGGACAAGAGGAUGCAGACAGGGAUGGGAUGGGCGACGCGUGUGAUGACGACGCAGACAGUGAUGGCAUUAUUAACAUAGAUGACAACUGCUGGCUUGUCCCUAACGUGGACCAAAAGAACAGCGAUAAGGAUCUUCAUGGUGACGCCUGUGACAACUGCAUAACUGUUGAUAACCCCUCUCAGAAGGAUACUGAUAAGGACGGGCUGGGAGAUGAGUGCGAUGAUGAUAUGGAUGGAGACGGUUUGAAGAAUAUCCUCGAUAACUGCCCAGGAGUUCCCAACCCAGACCAGGCAGACAAAGACAAAGAUGGGGUGGGAGACGCCUGUGACAGUUGUCCUGAUAUGUUCAACCCUAACCAGUCGGACUCAGAUGAUGAUCUUGUUGGAGAUACCUGUGACGACAAUAUAGACAGUGACGGUGACGGCCACCAGAACUCAAAAGACAACUGUCCCACCGUCAUCAACUCCUCUCAGCUGGACACAGACAAGGAUGGGAUGGGAGACGACUGUGAUGAUGAUGAUGAUAACGAUGGCAUACUGGAUGAAGAGGAUAAUUGUAGAUUAGUACCAAACCCAGACCAGAGGGAUACAGACAAUGACAAUGUCGGAGAUGCUUGUGAAGGAGACUUUGACAAAGACAACGUCAUCGACAUAAUCGACCACUGUCCAGAGAACGCUGAGGUCACCCUGACUGACUUUAGAGCCUAUCAGACCGUGGUGCUGGACCCAGAGGGAGACUCUCAGAUCGACCCCAACUGGGUGGUCCUCAAUCAGGGUAUGGAGAUAGUUCAGACCAUGAACUCUGAUCCUGGCCUUGCUGUAGGCUACACAGCGUUCAGUGGGGUGGACUUUGAGGGGACCUUCCAUGUGAACACAGUGACUGAUGACGACUAUGCUGGCUUUAUCUUCGGUUACCAGGACUCCUCGUCCUUCUACGUGGUAAUGUGGAAACAGACUGAACAAACCUACUGGCAGGCGGCGCCCUUCAGAGCAGUCGCUGAUCCAGGAAUACAACUAAAGGCUGUGAAGUCGAAGACAGGUCCUGGUGAGUACCUGAGGAACUCCCUCUGGCACACAGGAGACACCCAAGACCAGGUCCGUCUCCUGUGGAAGGAUCCAAGGAAUGUGGGCUGGAAGGACAAGGUCUCCUAUCGCUGGUUCCUCCAGCAUAGACCACAAGUCGGAUAUAUCAGGGCUCGCUUCUUUGAGGGCUCAGAUCUGGUGGCAGACACAGGAGCGAUUAUUGAUACAAGUAUGAGAGGAGGGAGACUGGGAGUGUUCUGCUUCUCUCAGGAGAAUAUAAUCUGGUCCAAUUUGAAGUACAGAUGUAACGAUACUAUCCCUCUGGACUAUGAAGGUCUCAACACUCAAAACACAGAGUGAAGCGGAAGAAUGGGAGAGAUUAGUCAAAAACGUGGAGAAAGGCAGAUCUGUACAGCUGAGAGUGCAGAGGAAGAGGACAUGAGAUGAAGGACGAAUGUGAGAGGGAGCACAAAAGUUGUUGUUAAGUGAUGUUAUUUUGACCUUAUUACUUUACUGAAAGGAUUAUAAGAAAGUAUAACUUUGGGCAUUAUAUAAGUUCAUUUUGUAUAAUUGAAGCCAGUACAUUUUGUUUAAAUCCUCAGCAGGUUCUGUGUAUGUCUAUGAAAAAUCACCUCCUUCUGAAUACUCAAGAUUAAAUACUUGUUUUUAAACAUAUAUCAAGUACAAUAAAAUAUUAAGCAUUCCA